ACCAGUCGCUUUCAAAGCCGCCGCGGCGCGUGGUUGCUCGGACGCCCGCCGUUUGCGCUCACUCGGGGCACUGAUUGCGUGCUAACGCUGCUCCCCGGAAAGCGUGCUCAGCCGCGGCUUGGCACGCGCGGCAAGCCGCUCUCUUUUGACACGCGCGUGACAAAACCGUGCUCCUGUCGUCACUUGGCACGCUCUACGUAGCAGGAGCUCCCUCAUCUUCUUCGUGAUACUCUAUUACUGUGUAUUUCGUAAGUCGACGGCUUAGCUGAAACAACGGCGUUGUGGAUAAGUUGACGACGACUGCAUUCCCAGUGUGUCCCCCUAAAGACAUUGUUCACACGCUCAGCGGCUUUCAGCUUUCGUCCCCAUUCUACCCGCGUGACCUUCUUCGGUGUUCGGUCCUGCCGUUGCGUGGCUGCGUGAGUGGGUGGCUGUGCUAAUUGUGAGGCAACCAUCGGAUCUUUUUCGCCUCUGGCGGCUCGUUCUGUGCUGGCCUCAGUGAACAUGAAUCCCGACUCAAAAACAAUGACGCCAUUCUUGCGCUGGCUUGUGUUCUUCGGCGUCAUCUCCUCAUAUGGCGGCGGUCUCUGCCUGCGCCUGGUGGAUCUCCACGUGCCGGGAGCGGUGCGCAGUGGCGAGCCCGUGCAGCUGCGCUGCGAGUACGACCUGGAGAACGCCGAGCUCUAUUCGGUGAAGUGGUACAAGAACAACGUCGAGUUCUACCGGUACCUGCCCAGCGACGUGCCACCGGGGCAAUCCUACGAGCUGCUGGGCACCUUCGUCGACCACUCCCGUUCGGACAAGAACAACGUGUUCUUGGAGAAGACCGACCUAAACACCGAGGGAAUGUACGGCUGCGAAGUGUCCACUGAAGGCCCCGGGUUCAAGACGGUCAAGGGAGAGCGAGAGCUGCGCAUAUACGUGCUGCCCGAGGAAGGACCACUGAUGGAAGGCUUCCAGCCCCGUUACCAGGUGGGCGACCAAGUCAACAUCACCUGCUACUCCCGGCCUUCCAAACCCAUCGCUACGCUCAAGUGGUUCGUCAACAACAAUGCCGUCCCUGCAAAGUACGAGACACGGGCUGGCACGACGCGGCACGAGAACGGGCUGCAAAGCACGUCCACCACGCUGCACUUCGAAAUGCGGCCUGAGCACGUGUCGCGCGACGUGAUUCGCUUCAAAUGCACGUCGUUCGUCACACAGGCUCAUUCGCGCAGCAGCGAGGAGCUCGUCAUCGGAGACAAAGGACCGCCCAGCGGUCGAGCUCCCCAGGAGUCUAACAGCCCCCGUAUACUCAGUGAGAAGUCGCGCUACGAAGUUGGCGACGAUGUCGAUGUCAACUGCACGUCCAUCAUCACAGAGCACCCUGUUGAGCUACGAUGGUUCGUCAAUGAUCAUGAGGUGAAAGGUCCGGAGGCGGUGCGGUUCCCGAACGUGCGCUACGCGGACGGCACGCAGGCUGCCGUGCUGGGACUUCGGUUCCGCGUCGAGGCGCGCCACUUCAGCGACAGCGACGGACUGCGCCUCAAGUGCACGGCCACGCAGUCGCGCGUGGUCGCCCUCAGCUCCGAGGAGACCGUCCAGGGAGCCCACCAGCGGUCGUCCGGGUUCCGCUUCGCCUCUGACCGUGCCGCCACUUCUUCGCUUAACGGCGGCCGUUUUGCGAGACUCUUCUGCUGGUGGUGGAUCCUGAAGACUCUGCGCUCUGCACUCUAGUCUGGUGGCACAGUGGCUAAUAGAUUGGACAUUUACGUACCUAGAGGAGAGCGAAAAAUUGAUAAUUACAAAAGCUACAAAGAAGGCGACGAUAUGACGUUAGACCGGCAUGAGUGCAAGACAACGGCGCCGGCUCUCAGGCUGGGCCAACAAAACUGUCUGGAGCUGCGAAAACGUUGGCCCGACGAGACGUUCACCACCUUAACGGGAUGCACAGUGUCCUGAGAGCGAAAAAUGCUUGUAUUGGCUAACCGACUGUCGUAUGACGACCGACUGAAAUUCGACAUACAGUAGAAAGAACGCGGUGAAAGCUACCUUCGCCUGUCUCACAUCAUUACCAGUAUUUGCAGUCGCUCUGCAUUCGAGCCAGAAUGAGAAAUCCUGCGGAAACGAUGAGUGUUUAUACAAGCAAGAGAGUUACGGCGCACUUGAAACGAGAACCUGGUUGAAAACUAGGAGACAUGACCUAAUAUUCACACCCAGUGUCAUAUGUCUUACAGACAAGCAAGGUACCGUAUGUGUCACAUAUAUAUAUUUCAGGGCUUCGAGUACUCUGUUGAACGAGGGUAGUGCAACAUAUCUCAUGACUACGCUUUUCUCUUGUUAGAAAGUUUGCCUUCGUUUGAUAUAUUUUGGCGAACAAAAACAGCGCACUCGAAAACGCAGAUAAAGGCCGAGGCGGAUCCACAGCGCUGUAGUGUCGUCAUUGCCUUUGUUUCCGUUUUUGUGUGUGCGCUGUAUUUCGUCAAGGGUGCACCAGCAAACCCAACUUACUUCUCUAAUUAAAUUUUAUAUUUUCUGCUAGGGAGUACACUUUUCUACAGAAUUUCGUGCGAAUGAGUAAUUUUUGUAUACACGGCUCUUUAGGCUCGGCCAUUGGCUCGUUCGCACUCAAGUUAAUUUCGUACGGGAAGUGGCAUUCCACGCUGUAUUUCAUUUAUUAUCCUGUUUGGAUAUAGUAUUUGCCUGUUUCGUUCUGAAAUACACCAACUGGGUGUCGUCUGGGACAAUUCGGUGCACAAAUAAGUAUAUCGACGAAAAGAACGGCAGCCUCUAUUGCUGUUACGACAAAACACGACGCAUGCUGCAUUCGUCGUAGCAGUGAAAGACGGCGCCACCGUUAAUUUGCUAAGAAAAUAUAAGCCUUUUUAUUCGACAUCAGCGCCCACGGGGAGUGCUGCAGGUUUAUUUUGAAUAACACAGGCAACGGGACACUGCAUCUAAAGGUAGCAUUACGCAAAAUAAAUCGCAAGAUGCCAACUUUCUCAGGAACGUGAGUGCAGAAGGUUGAGCAGUUUGUCGGGAAGAGCGCUGUGUAUCUGGCUUUAAUAUUUGCGCAACACUUUGCGGAUAGAGUUGUGAAACCUUACCUCCAGAAUUUCGCUCUUCCUUAUCUCCAACUCGACGUCUGUGCACAGUUGUUGUUGUUGUCGUUGGCUUUUUAUAUGAUCAAAUUUUCCAUCUGGUUUACUUCUUAUCGUGAACGGCAGCAGACUGCAAAACGAGAGAAAGAGUGCGUUGUCCCCGUUUGCAACUUGGCACUUACAAGCUGCGAAAUGUAGCUGCGAGCAAGUAUAGUUCGGCUCCUAAGUUGUGUUGACAUGUGUCUGGGUGUGAUAAAAAGCAGAAAGCAACACUGGCGGCCCCAUGUACACAAAUCACUUGCGCUGGUACACUAACCCAACUGUACCGUAAACCUCAUUUCGCAAAAGAAAAAUAGUUAACACCUCAAGAGUAUAUGAAAAGUCUUGUUCAAUUAAUUAAUCUUCCAGAUGCAUCGACCAUUGGCUAUCGUGGCCGUAGUGUGGCUGACCGGUUUUCUUGUUGAUGUUCUACAAAGUCCUCGGGUAACGGUGUAAUGUUGGCGCCCCCUGUACAUAGAAGAUAUGCACCUGCAAAAAUGGCAUAAAUGUCUCGUGUAUCAUUCCUUUUUGACUUGUUGUUCAGUUUUAACUCACCCUUAUCCCGUAACCUCCGGUGUUGGUCGCUGGAAUCUAGCUGCUGCUAGGAUGCAACCUGCACGUGCGUCAAGGUGUCGGUAUUUCUUCUGAAAUUUCUGGGACGCAGUGUCGCGCAAGACUUACUCGGACAGGCGAAGGUAUUUUUCGCGGUUCUCGUUCCCUUUAACGUCUCUGACGAAUUGGAAAAGACAGCGAACGCUUAGCUCUGUUCGUAGCGCACGAGGGACGUGCGUCACAGUGCUUCGGGAAAUACGACGGUGAGACUGGACACGUUGUGAGCGUCGUCUGCUUCGUGACCGAGGAACUCAAGGUGACUUCGUCGAAAUAGUCAAGAGGGGAGAGAUGGCAUAAUGCUCCAUCCGACCACCGAGAUACGCUCUGAAUGCGACGGCAAUCGUGAGUGACCGGUGCCUCUUCGUGUUGGUGUCGUGCGCGUGACCACGCCGUCCGGCGGCUGCGCAGAACACGCGGCCACUGCAGGUGGGGGUGGGAAGAGCGCAAGUCGAGCCACGCUUUUUCUCUGGACGCAUCUCACGGGGCAGUGCUGUGCGUUAUAACAUGAUGAGCGGAGCUGGUCUCUUUUUAUAUGUAUGUGUGUAUUUUCUAAUUUCAUUUUUCUGUUAUUGUGUAAUACGGUCUUAAGUGUCUUUCGGCCGCAUUUGUUGUAGAUAUUCCUUUGAUGACGUCAUCGCUUGGACACAAAUAUUGAACUUUGCUACAGCACCUCCCAUUCAGUAAGAGUAUCGACUUUCUACUGCACUAUAGGCCGCUUGAGUGGCAGGAAAGUACGAGUCAGGAGUAGUAUGUGAAUAACGACUCUAAAAGCAACGAUUAGUCAUUGUUUAUCUGCAGUAAAAGCAAGAAGUAUGACGCCGAAUGCCCUAGAAUGGGGCUUGCCCUCACGCAAUCGUUAGGCUAGGAGCUUGCUAUCAUAAAAACUACACUGUGGGUAUUAGGCUGUGCCAACUAAACUUCAAGGUAGAAGUAAUACAGGAUGUAAUUUUUUUUGUGUGUGUGAGCGCGAAAGACCCUGGUUCCUCUUUUCAUACACUUUUCAGCAGUUGUUUACAAGCAAUUCGUGAUGAGAAACACUGUACCAGCCUUCAUAAGACAAUGAUUUCCUUCUUUUCGGCAUAAAAACACUCAUAUAUUCAUUUCCUUUCUUUAUUUUUUAACGAUGCAUUCGCGAAGAGUGUAUGUUUGAUGAUACCAUUUACUUAUAUUAGGGCAGAUAUCUAUAGUCAGCCCACGAUUAAUAGUGAGCAUAAUUUCGAAUAUGGUUGCUUGCGCAAAAAGUGACAUAUCAGAUGGCUAAUUUAGGGCAAGUUUCAGAUUACAAGCCAACGGGGAAGAGAAUCCACAAUCAAUAAAAAUAUAACAUACGCUCUUAGUUACUCGUUGUUUUUGGCUUAUUUUCGUGGCUGUUUAUUGACCGUUACCGAGUCGAAAAUGUCAGGCAACGUUAUGAAACCAGAGCACUAUAUUGCGCUAUAAUGCACUAUAUUGCACCAUAUGGUUUGUCUAUUUCUAUGAGAGGAGGUACUAAGAAAGUGAAAAUUAUUUCAUACGAGCAAAGGCAACGUCAUUUCAGUUGCUGGUAGAAUUUUUGCUCGAUGCAUUCGCUGUGUGUAUAGUGCAAUGUCCCGCGUGCGUGUAAACAUGUGCCUCCCAUUUACCAUCGUGUUACCUCAAAGGCACGUUGCGUUAUGUGUAGUUACCGGGACGACCACCGCAAACAGCAGUGACCGCAACCGACGCAUCUAGCACGUCGGGCGAUCAUUCCUAUGUUGCUCAAGUCCCCAGCCAGUGUCUAUAUGUUUGUCGCAAAUGACGGGAAAAGAUUAACCAUUAACCACUCAGCACCGGUUCACCAGUUCCGAAGUUAGUGGAAACUAAAGACGUUUGUUCUGCCCCGUCAGACCUUCUCGCGUGGCCGACGACGUGGCCUUCUCUGACCCAAACCUAUGGCUCGCUGCUGGAUGGAUGCGGCAAUCCCGCCUGGACAUUGGGGACUGCUGCGUCUCCAGUGACAACGCGCCUAACGAAGGAGCUGCUCAACACCAGCGGGGACAACAAGCGAGGACACUCAAAGGACAGCUAACCAUGUGGUCCUCCUUCCUGGUCCUUGUGUCCUUCGUGGAACUCGCACCGCGUCUCCUCCUUUCCCUCGUCCGUAACUUUUGUGCACACAGACGUGCGCGCGCUGUUGAAUCCUUCCCUCCACGCACACCGAGUGCGCGGGCUGAACAGUGGGGAAAAUUUUUAAAAAAAAAGAGACACGCACAGACGCACAUGCCUGUUUUGACUUUGAGGUUUUAACUCUCUGUGUAGUGAGAUGUUUCCAGCUCGCAACCCCCAGUGGAUAUUUUCUUCCCUUGUUUUUUCUUUCUUCGCGCGACAAAAAAAGAAAAGAAAAAACUGCUGCUGCUGUUGCUGAUGCUUGUAUUGCUGUAAAUAUAUAUAUAUACAUAAGCUAUAUAUAUAUUAUUAAAAAUGACAAACUUCAA